UCCACAGAUGUCAAAAUAAAAAAGUAAGGUUAUGUAGGUCUAAUUAAGAAGUGAUAUCUGUUAAAUUACCCUGAAUACAUUUUGCAACAAUGAUUAUUAUUUAAAAAAUUAAUUGUAGGUAAUUUUCACUUUCCUUAUCAAUAUCAAAAAAUUGUGUUAGUUAUUUUUCUCAAGAGUUAAGGUUGUCUGUAGAUGUACUCAAUUACAUUUGUUUUUCUUUCCGGUAUUGUAUCGAAAUUUGGAGAAAAAAGUUUAUCUGUUGUUUGUCAAAGUUGUUUUCAUAAUAAUAUCACAAAGUUAUUCUUAAAUGAAUGUAAAUACACAAUGAGUACCGCUCCUAAUUCGUGUAGAUUGGUAAAAGAUUUAAAAGAAUGGGAAUUCUCUCCUUCGAAACUUUUGAGUUUACCUUUAGAUUCUAUUGAGCAAAACUUUGUUCGAAGAAACGUAAAAAAUGUCGUUUUCUCUCGAGUUGAUCCUACACCAUUGAAUAAUCCCAAACUGGUGUCGUUUUCUGAGAAUGCUUUAACAAAUAUUCUGGACAUGCAUGAAGAUGUUGCAAAAACAAAGGAGUUUGCUGAAUUUGUCGCUGGGAACAAUAUUUUGAAAAGAUCGGUUCCAAUUGCUCAUCGAUAUGGUGGCCAUCAGUUUGGUUAUUGGGCUAUGCAGCUUGGAGAUGGCAGGGCUAUUCUGUUGGGAGAAUACGUCAACAGUGCUGGAGAGAGAUGGGAGUUGCAACUGAAGGGUGCUGGAAGGACACCUUAUUCCAGGGAUGGAGAUGGCAGGGCUGUACUCCGCUCCUCAAUCCGAGAAUAUUUGGCAUCAGAAGCCAUGUUUUAUCUUGGUGUACCAACUUCGAGAGCCGGUGCUAUAAUAGUGUCCGAUGAUCUGGUGAUGAGAGACCCUCUCUACGAUGGACAUCCAGUUAUGGAGAAGACUGCCGUCGUGCUACGAUUGGCUCAGUCCUGGUUUCGAUUCGGGUCCUUCGAGAUUCUAGCCAAAAAUAAUGAGAUUGACAUUCUAAGAGAUCUUGUCAACUUCAUAAUAGAGGAACACUACCCAACCAUAGACGCAAAUAACGAAGACAAAGUAGUGGAGUUAUUCAGUGAGAUAACUCGCCUGAGCUUCGACCUAGUAGUGCACUGGCAGACCAUUGGCUUCGUGCAUGGCGUGCUCAACACUGACAACAUGAGUGUUCUGGGAAUCACCAUAGAUUACGGCCCGUUCGGUUUCAUGGAGGAAUACGAUCCUCUCUACAAAUCCAACGAGUCUGAUCAUGACAGAAGAUACUGCUAUACCAAACAAGAAGAGAUAGUCUUGUACAACCUGAUGGCCCUCUUCAGAGCGCUGAGGCCGUUGCUAACAGAGUCACAAACCGCACAGGUUGUGAAAAUCUUGGAAACGGAAACUAAAAAAUUAAGCCUAAAACUGAGCGAGGCCUUCUCGCAGAAGCUGGGUUUGAAGAAUGGCGAUGACAAACUGGUUGAGCUGCUAUUCGACAUGAUGAUUGACACAAGAACCGAUUUCACAAUGCUAUUCAGGCAGAUUGGUGAAACACCGUUGGAGCAACUGCGUCAACCCAAGUCGUGCAGUUGGGCUGUUCAUAGGCUGGCUGCUCAUGCCAGUUACCAACAGUUCUACAAGCAAUAUUCCAACAAACUAGAAAGCGAUGGAGUUACUGAUGAAGAGAGAAUGGAUCAGAUGAAAAAGCGGAAUCCACGAUACGUCCUUAGAAAUUGGAUGGCACAAGAAGCAAUUGAAAUGGCGGAUAAGAACGAUGACUUUACUGAGGUAAACCGACUCCUGAGAGUUCUGUCGAAUCCGUUUGUGGAGCUAGCAGAAGCUGAAGAGAGAGGGUACGCACAACCUCCACCUAACUGGUCGAAACAACUUAAACUUAGCUGCUCUAGUUAAAUUGUAAAAGAAUAUAAUAAAGCUGUAUUAUAAAAAAGUGAUAUAAUAAAUAUUUUAAGUGAUAUAGUA